AUGGCUUUCGGCGCCGGGCUCUUCGUUGGGCUUUUCAUGGGCAUUGGGCUUGGUCGGACGGUGCUUGCCAAGCUGAAGAAAGGCACCACACGGCAUGUAGUGCUGUUCGGAUUCAAGCCUAGUGUCUCGGAGGAAAGGAAGUGGGCUAUAGCGGCACAGUUUGAGGGCCUUGCAGAAACCAUUCCCCAGGUCCAAUCGUUUGAGUGGGGCACUGACGUCAGCAUUGAGAACAAAGCUGAGGGCUUCACUCAUGCCUUCCUGUUGACGUUCCACUCCCAAAAGGAUCGGACGGCAACCUGUGCCUCAGAGAUUGUCCUCUUCAAGUUCAAGGACUCAGUGUCACUGGAGAAGAAGAAGGAGCUCAUCUCCAAGUACGAGGCCUUGUCAGAUAAGCCGGACCUAAAGAUGAAGGCAUUUGAGUGGGGCAAGGACGUGAGCAUAGAGGGUAAGGCCGACAAGUACUCGCACGCGUUCAUGGCCACGUUUGCAAGCGAAGCGGACCGCACCGUGUAUGUAGAACACCCAGUCCAUCAAGAGUACGCUCGUGAGUUGGUUCAGUCUCUAGACAAGCUGCUUAUAAUCGACUACCUGCCGAGGACUGUCAAAGCAGAUCCUCGGCCUUUUGCGUAGGGCUGCCAAAGCCUUGAAAGUGGCUGCCACAUUAGUCAAGGCGGGCUUAGGAAAAUAGGGUUGCGAUUAGGGACGGAGCUUGUCAAGGUCGACCCAGGUUUGGAAUAAGUGCAGGUAGAAUUAAGCUCCAUCAGAAGACCUUCUAUUUUGGCGCGGGACAUACUACCUGAUUGUACAAGCAAGUCGAUCGGUUUUUAGCUAGGUAUGGCUGUGUUUGAAUCGAGUGUCUGGCCUUACCAGCUUACACUGGUGGGAGCCCACACCAACAGUACCUUCAACUUGGCAAAUGGAUAAGAGGGCUCAUAAGCCGCCAGAUCGUGAAGGCCAUUGACUAGAGUCCGUCUUACCGGCCGGCCUACAAUGAAGUCGUUGUGCAAUGCAUGAAUCUGGACAAUUCGCUGACACAAGUACCCGUUA